AUGACUCCAAUUAUUGAAGAAACCAAGAAACCUCAAAGUAUGCCAACUGGUCCUCGAAAUGUAUUACGUUCCAAUGACUCGGCAAGCCUUUGGAAUUGUACACUUUCUCCAGGUUGGUCCCGAGAGGAAUGCGACAUCUUACGGAAAGCUCUUAUGAAAUAUGGAAUUGGAAAUUGGGCACAAAUUAUUGCGUCGAAUUGUCUACCCGGGAAAACCAAUGCCCAAAUGAAUCUGCAGUUACAAAGAAUGUUGGGGCAGCAAAGUACUGCAGAAUUUGCCGGUUUGCAUGUCGACCCAUUGGUUAUUGGAGAAAAGAACUCGAAAAUCCAAGGACCAAAUAUAAAACGCAAAAACAAUUGCAUUGUUAAUACUGGAAGUAGACCGUCACGCGAAGAAAUCAAGCGCAGAAUUCAGAAAAAUAAGGAAUUAUACGAGAUCCCGGAAGAGGAAUGGAGCAAUAUAGUUUUGCCAAAACCGGAAGAUGUAGGUAUUACCACUUUAAAUGCGAAAUACGAAGAACUACGUCGUUUGCAAGACGAACUUGCAAAUGUACAAGCACAAAUAACUGAAAUACGGAAUAAAAAACGCGAAAAGGUUUUUGUUUUAAAAAUAUAUAUAUAUAUAUAUGUAUAUAAUUUUUGA